GUGGUACAAUAGCAAGAUCUGCUUCAAAGUACAAGCUGCCCAUCAAAGACAAAGGCUCUUAAAGAGAGAAAGUGGCCAGAGAAAGACCUUUAGGACACAGUAAGGGAUUUGUAGGAGGGAAAGCACAAUGUCCGACGACAGCAAGAUGACGCUCAACCUCCUCUUGCUUGGAAAGACACAGAGUGGCAAAAGUGCUACAGGAAACACCCUUCUAGGCAGCAGAGACUUUGCCAGUUUUCUUUCCCCGUCCUCCGUGACCACAUCUUGCAGUCUAGGCCGCAGCUGUCCCAUUUUGGGCUUUGCCCGUCGCCGAGGCAGUGAGCUCACUGUGCAGGUCCAAGUGCUGGACACUCCCGGCUACCCUCACAGCAGCCUGAGCAGAGAGCAAGUGAAGACAGAGGUGAGAAGUGCUUUAGUCCGGCACUUUGGAGAGAAAGGCCUUCACUUGGCCUUGUUGGUCCUGAGGGCCGAUGUUCCACUGUGUGAGGAGGAAGAGGACCCUACAAUCCAGCUAGCCCAGGAACUCUUGGGUCCUAACUGGAAAAGUUAUACUGUCAUCUGUCUUACUCAUUCUGACCAGAUUGAAAAGGCCAGAUUCACUACAGAACAGUAUUUGCAUUCUGCCACAGACACACUUCAUAAACUCCUGCAGUCAGUGGAGCAAAAGUACAUUUUUGUAGGCAAUCAUGAACAGCCUCUGAAACAGGAACACCUAGAAGUUUUAAGGAAAAUUAUGGAGUUUUUGAAGCAAAACAGUUACCAGACCCUUGUAUUUAAACAAAUGAUAUAAACUUAAGCAGCUGAUUUACUUUCAGCUUGCUUUUGUGUCUUGUCUUUUAACUUUAAAGCUCAUUAGGCAUCUCGUGAACUGCCCGGAGACCCGAGGGUAUAGGGCGGUAUACAGAUCUAAUAAAUAAUAAUAAAUAUUA